AUGGCAGCUCAGAAGAAGCUCAUCCUCAACGCCUUCGUGGAGUCGUGCAGCGGACACCAGUCCCCGGGACUAUGGCAGCAUCCCCGCGACGAGUCUUGGCGAUUCAACGAAGUAUCCCACUGGGUCAACCUAGCCAAGAAGCUUGAAGAUGGGAAAUUCCACGGCGUCUUCAUCGCCGACGUCUUGGGCGCCUACGACGUCUACAAGGGCCCGCGAAACCCCGAUCCUGCUAUUGUCUCCGGCGCACAGUGGCCGGUGAACGAGCCUCUGUCCGUCAUCUCUGCCAUGGCGGCGGCGACGAAGAACCUCGGCUUCGGCGUGACCGUGGCGACCACAUACGAGCAGCCGUACCAUCUCGCGAGGCGCCUCAGCACCCUCGACCACCUGACGGGGGGACGACUCGGCUGGAACGUCGUGACGGGAUACCUGGACUCGGCGGCGCGGAACCUGGGCUUCGCGGAGCAACCAAAGCACGACGACCGCUAUGCCGUGGCCGAAGAGUACGUCGAGGUGACGUACAAGCUCUGGCAGAAGUCCUGGCGAGACGAUGCAGUCAAGCUCGAUCGCAAGACAGGAGUCUACACGGAUCCGGCGCUCGUCCGCACCAUCGACCACGUCGGCAAGUACUUCAACGUGCCCGGCCCGCACAUCUGCCAGCCCUCCCCGCAGCGCACCCCCGUCAUCAUGCAGGCCGGCACCUCCAGCGCCGGCAAGGCCUUUGCCGCCAAGAACGCCGAGGCCAUCUUCGUCGCCGGCCACAGCCCCUCCACCGUGGCCAAGAACGUCGCCGAGAUCCGCGCCAAGGCCCGGGACGAGUUCGGGCGGGACCCCAACGGCAUCAAGUUCCUCGCGCUGUUCUGCCCGAUCCUCGGCAAGACGCAGGAGGAGGCGGAGGCAAAGUAUAAAGACCUGAUACAAUACGGCUCGGAGGACGGUGCGCUGGCGCUGUUUGGCGGCUGGACGGGCAUCGACCUGUCCACGUACGGCGACGACGAGGAGUUGCGGCACGUCGAGUCCAACGCGAUACGAUCGGCGGUGGAAGCUUGGUCAAAGUCGACGCCCGAGGUGCCCAAGUGGACGAAGCACACGGUCGCCAACCACAUCAAGAUCGGCGGCUUAGGGGCGACCACGGUCGGUACGCCGGACAAGGUCGCGGAUGAGAUGGAGAGGUGGGUUCGCGAGGCCGACGUGGACGGCUUCAACCUGGCGUACGCACUCUUCCCAGAGUCGUUCGAGGAUAUUACAAAUCUUCUGUUUCCAGUUCUGAGAGAGCGAGGUCUGUUUUGGGACGACUACGCCGUGGAUGGUGGGACGUAUAGGGAGAAUCUGUUCAGUAACAAGGGUGGUGCGUUUCCGCCUCCUGAUCAUCCGGCUGCUAAGUAUCAUUGGAAGGCCGAUUCGUAA